AUGAGCGAGAGCGAGGGCUUGCCAGUUGCACGGAAGAAGCAGAUGGUGGUCGAGCGGGAGAAGCUGCAGAAGCUGCAUGACAAAAUCCCUCCCGAGGGUGAGACUAUGGACAUCGAGAAGGCAGCCGGUGCCGGGCCUGCGACAGGGAGCGAGGCUGCUGGUGCCACGCCGAUGGGCAAGCUGGACGGCGCACGCAAGGGCGAGUCGGCCAUCGCGGCGGACAAGAAGAAAAGGCGGGCGUCGGCGCGUAAGGCUGUCUCGCGCAAGAACCGCUCCCGCGCAGGCCGCACCUCGCGCAAGAGCAAGCGAGGCUUUGUCUUCUGA